GCACGUGGUACCCUCCGUCAGAGACUGGCGCUUGCGGGUGAGAGUGAGGCUGGGGAGCGACCAUGGCGUCGCUGAAUAGUAGCGCUGUCGUCUGCGUGAUUUGCUUGGAGAAACCCAAAUACCGCUGCCCCGCCUGCCGUGUGCCCUACUGCUCCGUGGGAUGUUUCCGGAAGCACAAAGAGGAGUGCAACCCUGAAACUCGUCCUAUUGAGAGAAAAAGAUCAGCUGUUACUACAAAAACUAUAAAGCCUGCAGAAGACAAAGAUGAUGAUGACUCUGUAGCUGAUUUUCUCAAUAGUGAUGAGGAAGAGGACAGAGUUUCUUUGCAGAAUUUAAAGAAUUUAGGGGAGUCUGCAGCAUUAAGAAGCCUACUGCUCAAUCCACACCUUAGACAGUUGAUGGUCAGCCUCGAUCAGGGGGAUAACAAGGCAAAACUCAUGAGGACCUGCAUGCAGGAACCCUUGUUUGUAGAGUUUGCUGACUGCUGUUUACGGAUUGUGGAACCAUCCCAGGAUGAGGAUUCUUAAGAUGGAUUAUUGUGCUGCUUGCUCAAUCAUGUGCGUGGCUCUCAGAACUUGCCUGCUCCUCCUCCCAGGAGAACAGCUAGUGUGGGGUCCUGUGAGCAAGGGUGGUGACUUCCAGGGCAUAGGCCACCUGAUGUAGGGUAGGCCGCAUAAGUCUUUAUGUCAAAAACUGUGGCAUGGAUUUCGGGCAAGAUGGGGGACACUCAAGGUGGCAAGCCCUUUAUGGAGAGAGAACUUGACAUUCAGAUAGUUGUCUUUAAAUGUUUUAAUUUUGAUACAGGUUAGACAUUACAAAUGAUAUCUUUUGUCAAGUUUUAUACCCAUUUGAAUUAAAACUUCCUCAGUGUUGG